AUGUUUUCGUCCUUCCUUCCCUUCCAGAUCGACUACUCUGACUGGAAUAUCAACUAUGACUAUGUAGAGAAUUGGUACAAUCUGGACUUUGAUGAUUCUGCUUGGACAGUGGAGAAAGCUAGCGAUAUUGGACUGAAUACUGGAAUCACCACUUAUAUUCGGAAAGAAGUCAACAUUCCUGACAUCGACAGUUACCAUAUCUUGAAUGUGCGGGUAAAAUACACUGGAGGAGUGGCUGUCUAUUUCAAUGGGAGACUAACAGCUCGGUUCAAUCUGGAGGACAACUUCAACUCAGAAUCACAGUCUGUGUCUGUCCACAGUCAGGACGAGUUUUCCAAGUUCCAUGUGAUUAUGUCUACUGUAGGAGGAGUAACUGGAAAGAAUGUAAUCGCAUUUGAAAUCCAUCGCCCUACAGGUCAGUCUUCUUCCAGUACUGUCGUAUUCGAUGCUACUGGUGUGUUUGGAGUAAACGACUGUUCGAUUGCAGUAGACACCUUCUCCAGCAUCGAAGGAUCCGACGUUUCCUUGGUUUCCAAGGAAAGCUUGCUGGAUCUGAAUCCUACCACUUAUGGAUAUCAGCCCAAUAGUCAAGGCACAUAUCUCGAAUGGUCUGUAGAGAACUUAGAAGGAACCAAAUUCAACAACUUCGGAAUGCAGACCGUGUACACCUGCACUGGAUAUGGGUUCUCAUUCUAUGUACGAAUGGAUACCAGCGAUGAAUACAUUUCGGCUUUGGAGCUUACUGGCCAAAGCACUCAGGCAUUGUCGCGAGUUACUUGGUCAGUUCCUGUGGGUAUUGCUGGAUUCGUGCAGCUUCGAUUUGAAGUGGAUGUGGCUGCAUCGUCCAUUGUUUAUUUGAGUUCGUAUAUGCUGCUCUACUGCAAGCCCAGCGGAAGCAGCAUAUGUCCUGCAAUCGGUGAUUAUCCUUCUGUGGGAGAGGGAGAAAUCUCGCCUGCUAGUUGUGAAGAGGGGUAUCGCGGUUAUUCCUACCGUACCUGCACAAAUGGCCAGUUGGGAGAGAUUAAUUAUGAGUACUGUACUCAGAAACUCCCCGAUAAGCUGCUGUAUGAUUCCUCCAUAUACAAUCUUAUAAUGGAUACAAACGUAGUCAUCAAUAGUCCCGAAUAUGUGAAUAUUAUUGAGGAGUUCUAUUUGGCGGAAAAUACGUUCCUUCCAGCAGGACUAACACUAAAUACUGUAACUGGAGAGAUUACUGGUAUUCCAACGGAAGAAACCACUCUGAAAACAUACACCAUAUAUGGAAAGAACCAGGCUGGAAUUACGUACGUUACCAUCAACAUUUCUGUGCAAAAGGGAACUUGCAAAGCGGAAGGCAACUUCCCCACUACAAAUGUUGGCGAGGUGUAUGUGUAUGAUUGUGCUCUGGGUGGAUCGUAUGUCGGUACACAGAAAAGAGCUUGUAAACUUGGAGAAACGAAUGGAGAGUGGCAGAGUGUUAGUGGAUACUGUAUGCCUGUUGCGAUGAUUAUAAUACUUGUUGUCAUUGCUAUUAUCAUCAUUGCGGUUGUUGUUUUCCUUGUGAUGCGCGUAAACAGAAAGGCUAAGGCAGUCGGCGGUGUGAAAGGAAGGAGUGUCAAAGUCUCAUCAUCGUCCAAGAAACAGUUAAACAAGAAGGAAGGCGUAAAGAAAGCUGUGAAAGUAUAA